AUGCAAGUAAUUGUCCAUCAGGACUCAAUGGAAGAGGAUAAGUCAUGCCCCAUGUACCCGGUCGGGGGCUUCAUAAUCUCCGGGGACCCUACUCCCACAGCGAUGGUUUCGGGCUGUGGUGAGUCGAAUGCUACUGCAACUCAGGCUAGUCAGGUGAUCACACCGGGCCAGACUAGUCUGCAUGCUACUGGUGUCGCAAGAGGUCAAUCUGGCAUACCCAGAUUGGCUGAUUGUAAAAAAUCCAAGGCAAUAGGUGGUAGUGACCUAAGCGGCGAGGUACCUCUGGACUUCUCUCCAAGUACCUCCAAAGCCGCGAAAGCCCAAGUCGUCAAGGCGGCUAAAUCCCCUGUUUCGGGUGCCUCUAAGGGGGAAGCGACUAAACGCAUCACCCUGGCCAAUCCCGGCUCUGAAACUAACCCCAGGCAUAAAAACCCUGCUAGAAGGGCUGCUACCACCAGGCGUUCCGCUUACCGCUUUGUUGAGGCACUUGGCUCGAAAAAAAUCGAGGACCUCACUAAGGAGCAACAAGCUUCGCUUUCCUGGGCGAAAGCCUAUAUUGCUGGUCUCAAGACCGCUCCUCCUUCUGCUGAAUUACCAGCGGGGCCUAAACGGCAACGUUCAGAGGAGGAUACAGCGACCAAGAGCCAGCAACCGGGACCUAAACGUCCCAAAGCGGCACAAAGGUCGUUAGCUAAAUCCUUUAGCGAGAUUGUCAAAGACAGUCUUGUUAGGGCGGUUAUCGACCGGAGUGCGAAUGACGGAUCCAUAUCUCAAUUGAAUUGGGAUAUGGUGAAGCAAAAACUGGUAGGGGUGUUUUGGAAAGUUCUCAAAGAGAACCCAGGCACUCCUCCACAAUGCGAUGACGCUGGUUGGUACCAGGGUCACGUAAAACUUAUGUCUUGUGUAGAUGAACGCUCAGCGUUGCUACUAAAGACUGCCGUCGCAUCACUGGGUGAGGUUUGGCCGGGGUCUAGGCUUGAGGUGGUAUCUGUGAGUGAGAUACCCCGAAAGCCUAGAUCCAUAGCUAAAAUACCAGCUGAGCCAUCUAGCCCGGAGGAGAUCUUGGAGAUCCUUCAGUGCUGUAACCCACAGCUUCCAACUCAAGACUGGAAAGUUGUUAAGGUUACGGACGCUGAGGGCUCUUCAAGGAAAGCGAUCGUUGUCCUGAAUAAGGACUCUUUGGGGCCGCUAAGGAAGGCACAAGGGAAGGUCUACUAUGGAUUUGGUACGAUCAUCCUGCGUGUCUACCGUAGCGACAACAAAGGCGAUACAUCCUCAGGUGAUGUAAAGCCCAUGCUCUCGGAAGAGGGCAUGGAUUGCAAUGACGCCACUGAUCCAGCCGACACUGAAGAUACCAACUCAGUCUCCGAACUAGUUGGUACAUUCUUUGAACGGAUGGAUGAGGUGGUGGACGAGGACGCCCUCCUGAAUUCUGACCAGGAGGACGCCGACGUCACUAUUGUAAAAAUGGAGCAUGGUGAGGGUGACCCAGAUAAACCUUCACCACUCUAAAGCAGCAUCAGCUGCACUGCUCCUCCGAAUUGCUCAGAACGGGGAGGAGCUAGUCAUGGUCCAGGAACCUUGGGUCCAUCAGGACCGUAUCUGUGGACUAUGUUUGAAGGGCUAUAAGCUCUACUUCGCUAAAGGCGCAGUAAUGAAGAUACAGUAGCAGUCUCAUGGGAAACUAAUGAAGGCUGUUUGUUAUGGCUGAUAUCCAGCUACAUGGCGCAUGACCACGGGGAGCAUCCACCAAACGAUGAUAUCCGUAGUGCUGUGAAAAAGGCGAAUGAGUCCAGGAUACCAUUGGUUAUCUGUGCUGACGCUAACUCGCACCACAUUGUAUGGGGUAGCAGCGACACCAACACAAGAGGUGAGAGUCUUUUCAGUUUCAUACUUAAUAGUAGUUUGGAAGUAGUUAAUAGAGGUUCAGAACCUACCUUCAUUGUUUCAAACAGAAGUGAGGUACUAGACUUAACACUUGUGAGUGCUGAGCACCACAGUAUGAUUAACAAUUGGGCUGUCUCCGACGACUGCUCUUUUUCUGAUCAUCUAUAUAUUGAUUUCAAUAUCAGUGUAACUUAUAGGAAUGAUAAUACCAUUCUAAAUAGGAGGAAGACCAAUUGGGAGUUGCAGAGUGAUGUACUCUCCCGGUCUCUACCAAACCCGCCCACUAUUGAAAAUAGGGACGAUAUUGAGGUAGCAGUUGAGGCACUUACAGAAGCGUUCCAAUCAGCUACUAAUUUGGCCUGUAAGCCGAAUAUCUGCAGGGGUAGGAAUAAGCCACCCUGGUGGAACCCUGAGAUUGCACACGCAAGAAGGGCGUGUCGUAAAUUGUUCAACGAGGCAAAGAGGCUGGGUAACUGGCCGGAAUAUAAGUCCUCAGUGAACCACUUUAAGAACCUUACGAGGAAUGCGAAAAGGAAAGCCUGGAGGGACUUCUGUAGCGGCGUGGAAGGAUCCUCUGAGACUAACCGAUUACGUAAAAUUCUAUCAACUUCACCGGUUGUA